AAGGCUGCCUCGCGCGAAGGGUCUCGUCGAACCUCUCGCGCCAACUCUGCUCCAAACUCUCGACAGUCUUCCCAGAACGCAAGUAGACAUGCGUCUGACGAGGAGGACGCUGGAAAUCUCAGCGACGAAACUGCAUUGAGGUGAGCCUUUUUCCUUUUCCUGGGAUUUUCCCCCCUCCAUUCUCUUUUCUUGUUCCUGUCGGAUCCCUAGUGGCGGGAUGAUGUCAUGUAUUGGCUCUCUGGACGAUCUGACUGAUAACCCUGACAUCGACAAUACCAACUGGGCGGAAGAGCUUAGUGACGUCGUCGAGGACAUUUUAGAUCGGAAGCGCAGCAGUAUCUUGAGCCGCGAAGAAGCAUACGCCGCAUUCUGUCGCCUGUCCAAAUGUCAUUACGUCGAAGAGCAGAUCCGCUCCCGAGAAAGCGAUCUCUUGGCUGCCUUCUGCCGGAGCGUCAAGUUUGAGAACAGCGUGCGCGAGACCACUAGAGCACUCCGCGCCCUCGAGCUCCUUGCCAUCACCGCCUUCGACAACACCAUCUACGAAAAUGUCGAGUCCCUACUCACUCGUGCGAUCAGGGACUCGACCUCGCACAUUGUCAAGGCUGCCGCCAUUCAUUGUCUCGGCGCAUGCACCAUGUUUGGAGGCGCCGGCGAAGAAGGCAUCAUGGACCAGAUGACAUUCCUCUUGGACAUCGCAGCCUCCGAUGGACAGUCCAUUGACGCUGGCGAUGAUCCGGCAAGUGUCACGGCGGCUCUUCAGGAAUGGGGAGCCAUGGCGACCGAGAUUGAAGAUCUGGAGGGUGAAAGUGAGGAAGCCGUCCAGAUCUUCAUGGAUCAACUGAACAGCGGCGAUUCGUCGGUUCAGAUCGCCGCGGGCGAGAACAUUGCGCUUCUGUAUGAGAAGAGCUACACCCCCCAGGAGGAUGACGAGGAUGAUGAGGAAAGUGAGGAAGACUCGGACGAGGAGUCCUUCAUGAGCACUCGGGGCGAACGCGACGGCCCCAAGCUGAUCAAACGCUACAAUGCGUACCACAACACGCAUGAGUUGGAGAGUCAACUCCAAUCGUUAGCCACGGUGCACAACAAGCACAUCAGCAAGCGGGACAAGAAGAGCCUACAUAGUAACUUCGCCUCGAUCUUGACCACGGUGGAGAACCCUCGGCGCGGGCCCAUGUACAAUACGGCGAUCGACCAAGAAACCAACCGACACUACGGCAGCAAGCUCACCGUCAAGAUUGGCCGACAGGGCGUGAUGAACAUCGACCGCUGGUGGAAAUGGAUCCGACUCAACUCCCUGCGCCGCAUCCUCCAGGGUGGUUUCGCGCAGCAUUAUUACCAAGGCAACCGAGCUGUCCUUGACAGUCUUCCAGUCAUGGUCCGUCAAAGCACACCGGCCGAUCGAGAUCGAGGCAUGGCCAAGAAAGCCGCCCGAUCGCGCAAUAACCGACGAUGGGCCGUUCAUCAACAAUCCGAUGAAGAAUAAGGUCGACAAAUGACUGGUUUACUAAAAAAGAACGGGUGGAUAAAAAGUGGCACAAGGGUAUAACUUGAGCUAUAUGGGCGUUUUGUUUUUGCUUUUUAUAUUUCCUGGUUUGGUUAAAUGCCAUGCUCGUGUUGCGUUUUCAGACUUAGUUAAAGAGG